UCGUAUUUCUAACGCUUGGCACUAUAAGCUACAUUACCGCGGCUAUAUAGCCCCGGGCUAAAACAAAUUAAGCGUCGCCACAUAGGCUCAUAAAUUGACCGUUUUUUGCGCUGCAGAUUGCAUUCGGUGUCCAGUAUAGCAAUAUGUUUAUAGCAGUGUGUUUCAAUGCUCUUGUGAUCGUUGCGUCUGUUUCUGGAGAAUGCAGGCUACCACCCAUGGAAGAAGAGUUUUCGUUCAAUGAGCAACAAGGGACCUGGUAUUUGUCCACCCGAUAUCCUGAUUUUCCGCUGUGUUUGACACUGUUUGGAUGGCAUGGACCAGAAGAUUCGGUAGAAACUGGGUAUAGACAUCUUGGGAUCUCAUUGAACGUGGAUGGCGAGAUAAAGUAUGCUUAUGCUAAGGAUAAUAAAUACAUACGACAUGGACCAUCUUCCUACGAAACUCUAGCGGGUGAUACUGUUGUCGGCGACGAUCCUGUUUUUGUGGAGGUACUGAAAAAACAAUUCACUGGGCGUUUGGUUGGAAAUUGGACAGUCAUUACUGAUAAAGUGAACUACCAUUUGUUUUUUGCUUGUAUGCCAGAAAGAGUAGUUUCUGUUUACUUCUCUCGUCCUGUCGGUAAUGACAAGCAAUAUUAUGACGACACACUGAAACUGGUCUACGCUAAACUGAAAACCGUAAAAGGCUGGGAUGACAUCAAACUUUCUCAGCAAACUGCAUGUAGUGACUUGCUACCUGAAACAAAGCUGAAGAGAUUACCAGAGUCCUUCGCAGGAGCUAGCUUACCAGUGAAAAUUGCAGCUGUGCUUCGGAAUCAGAAUUAAUCGAAUUAACGAAAAAAACCUGUUUCUUUCUAUGCCACAAAAAAAAAAGAUUACAAGGGUUUACAAUUAUAUAUAUUGAAACACAUGCUGGAAUAAAAACUCUU